AUGGCGGAAGAGAAGAUGCGGCCUGGGACCAACGUCGCCCCGUCGCAUGUCGAGGAAGCCAUCCCCGUCGACUUGGUCGAUCCUCAUCGAGCUGCUCUGGAAUACAACCCCGAACAUGCCGAGACACCGUCGCUCUCGACCAUCCUAGCCGUCAUAUCUUUGGCUCUCUCCUAUAUCUGUCCGAUAUCGUGCGGUUUCGCUCUCGUCACCGGGAUCCUCGUGCGCGUGGGCACGGAGCUCGGAGACACCGACAACAAAAUCACUUGGUUGGUGGGCGGCUGGUCUAUUGCGUCUUCCGUGUCGUUCUCCAUGGCCGGAAACCUGAGUGAUGUGUUCGGCCGGCGCUGGACCAUCGUCUCCGGCCAGCUCUUCAACAUUGCGGGAUCGGCUGUGGCGGCAACGGCGCACUCGGUAGAACAGAUCAUCGUGGGGUCGACGCUCCUGGGCUUUGGAUGCGGCAUCAUCUUCGUCAGCUAUGCGGGCAUCUCGGAGAUGCUCCCUAACAAAUGGCGUGGAACAGGCCUUGCACUGACCGAGGCUGCCAUCAAUUUCCCCUUUGGCAUCGCGAAUGUCCUGAUUGCCACCCUGCUAGCCGUGUACACUCAGCAGGGCUGGAGAUGGUGUUACUACAUGGGCCUCAUCUUCGGGGUCAUCAGCCUGGUCGGCACGCUACUCACCUAUUUCCCACCCUCGAGGCCUCAGUACGACUAUGAGACGACGCGGUGGCAAGAAUUCGUGCAGCUCGACUUUUUGGGUCUGUUUCUGUAUACUACGGGUCUGACGACUUUCCUCGUCGGCUUGACUUGGGCAGGCCAGCCUGGACACCCCUGGAAGAGUGCGUCGGUCAUUGCUCCGAUCAUUGUCGGGUUUUGUACUUUGAUGGCCUGCUUCGCCUAUGACUUCACUCUGGCAACGCGCCCUUUGUUCCCGCUACCGGUGUUCAAACAGGUCCGAGAAUUCACGGUGUUGUUGGGAAUUGUCUUUGUGGCCGGUAUGAUCUUUUACUCCAUGUCGGCCCUGCUUCCCCAGGGCUCGUUGUACACAUUUACCAGCAACCCUUGGGAGAUUGGAUAUAUCGCCCUGCCCAACGGUGUGAUGCAGUUCGUAUUCGGCGCCGUCGCGACCGCGUUCAUGGGCAAGAUCAAGCAUCUCAAGGCGCAAAUGAUUGUCGCGCUCGUCAUCCAAACCAUCUUCACAGGCUGUCUGGCCGCCGUCGUCGGACAGCACAAGAUCGCCUGGGCCGCACUGCAGGCCUUCUCGGUCGGCCCCUUCGCCCUGGUCGUGCUCGCCUGCUACGUGACGGCCGGUCUGAACAUCCCCCUAAAGUACCUGGGCCUGGCCACGGGCCUGAUCGGCACGUUCCGCAGCAUGGGCGGCAGCGUGGGCAAUGCCAUCUUCAACGCCAUCCUGCAGGGCGUCAUCUCCAAGGAUCUCGGCCCGGCCAUCGCCAGCGCCGCUCUGGCCCAGGGUUUCAACGCAACGAAUCUCGACCUCCUGAUCCCCGCGACCAUCCAGACCGCCGUCGGGAUCCCUCAUGCGUUCGACGCGAUCCCCGGAGUCAGCGCGUCGAUCGAAGCCGCGGCGCUCAGUGCUUUUAGGAAUGUGUACGGCAAGGCGUUUCGCAUGGUGUUUUUCGCCACGAUCCCCUUUGGUGUCAUCGCCAUCGUCCUCGCGUGCGUCAUGCGCGACUCGUCAAUCUAUCUGACCAACCACACGGCCGUCCACAUGGAGAGGGAGGGCAUUUUCGACAAUACUGGCAAUAAGGGCAAGAUGGCGCAUGGGGGUCCUGACAUGGCAAACGCAAAGGACGAGGAAGGGAUUUCUCACCACGCCGAGAGCAGGUGAGCGAUCAACCGUGAGCGGUGCACGGUGAACCGAGCUGGCCGGCCCGUCGUACAAAGAUGUCGUAUGUUACAUCAUGUUUGUAUACGCAAGUGUGUGUUUGUCUAUGUCAAUAGGUUCAACUAUAUGUGCCUGAUCUGUGGCAACUGGCCGAGCUAUGAGGAUGCGCCUGGACUACCGUACUGCCCUGUACUGCCCUUUUCUGUGACGG